AUGCACCCACAGUUCAAGAACUUCACCCACCUGGAGGCAGAGGAGUUCCUCAAAGAGAUGAGCGACACUCGUGGCGAGGCCGUUAUCCGGCCCUCCAGCAAGGGGCCAGAUCACCUCUCGCUCACGUGGAUGUGGGUCGAGGGAGAGUUCAUGCACACCGACAUCAAGGAACUCGGCAAGCAGCCGGGGAGCAUGCUCGCGCCUCGCCUCAAGAUUGGGGGAGAGGAGUACGAAGAUCUCGACGAAAUCAUCUCCAGGAGGGUGUCGGCGUGUAAUGACUUGGUCAACGAUCUUCUUGCCAGCGACAAGUACAACCCCGGCACCAGCGCGGAGGUGGAGAAGACGCUUCAGAAGCAGAAGGACGACGCCCCGAAUCGCAUCCCCUACCUCAUGUGUCGGAGGGGGGUGCCGGGCUACGUGAACCUCAUGUACCUGCCUGCACACACCGUGAGGAAGAUCGUGGUAGAGGUUAGCCCGGAAGGGUACGUCAUGUCCAAGCGCUGCUUCAAGACGCUGCCCGAGCUGUUCAAGUGGUUUAAGCUCAACGCGCAGCAGCUCGGGAGAAGUAGCAGGACCAGCCGCAAGUCGAGCUCACGCCAGGCCUCCUCCUCCAACGGCACCAGCACCAGCAGCAGCAGCAGCCACUACCAGCAGCCCCCGCUCCCGCCGGACAACGUCCCCCCUCCCCCUCCCCCACGGCCGGCGGCCCCGGCCCCCGCAGCCGGGCAGCCGCAGUACCCGGCGUACAGCGGUGGGGCCUACGGUUACAACUCGGGCCAGCCUUCCUACGGCUCGCAGGCUGGGUACGCGGGGGCUCCAGCGCCUGCCCGCCCCGGGACACGGUGGUGGUGGUGGUGGUAGUGGUGGUGGUGAUGAUGGUAUUGAUUGGUACAGUAAAUUGGUGUGGCGUUUUGUUCGGGUUGCGACGACAAGGGCGGAGAGGAGGAUGAGAAAAUGAUGCAUUCGUAUUGAAGAUUGUUGGCUGCUACUUGAGUUGUGCCUGCUCAUGACAGUACCGGGGUUGACGGUUUCCUGCGAAGGUGUGCCCAGCGGAAAGCUGUCGUAGCAGGGCGAGACAGCCCACCCCUGCACCAAGACUGUGGCUGUCCAAUGUCACACGGCAUGUAUGUAUCGUGGAUACAAACGUGUUUUUUGUUCCUCGCACCCUGAGGGCAUGUGGCAAGGUCGGGCAACAGAGAAUGGUGCUGGCUAUUAAAGCUUGUCUUGGCACUAGCGAGAUUCCUACUGUAGCCUCUCUCAUCGGGCAAUCGUUAACGGGGUUUCGGUUGUUUGUGUGGCCUACCGUUGACCGUCGAGUAGAUAAUUUAUGGUGCACGGAU